UAAAACUACAACGUGGACGUGAUGAGGCGGAGCGUGCCCUAGAAUGUAUUUUCGGAAAGCAAAAGGCACCACCCCUCGACGUGGCAAAAUAUUUCACGCAGCCAUGUUGACUGCUGCUACGUAAGCACUUGGGCGUAAGUUAGCUGGGCACAGUGAAUGCAGUUGCUGUCAGUGAAAGCGGUAUCAAAAGUAAGAGGCUAGUUCCCCCGAGGGUGCCAUGGCUACCUUCCAGGAGUUCAUCCAGCAGAAUGAGGACCGGGACGGCGUGCGCUUCAGCUGGAACGUCUGGCCCUCUAGCCGCUUGGAGGCCACACGCAUGGUGGUCCCCGUGGCCUCCCUCUUCACGCCUCUGAAGGAGCGGCCGGACCUCCCCCCGAUCCAGUACGAGCCAGUGCUCUGCAGCCGUGCCACCUGUCGUGCCGUUCUCAACCCCCUCUGUCAAGUGGACUACAGAGCCAAACUGUGGGCUUGCAACUUCUGUUACCAAAGGAACCAGUUCCCUCCAACCUAUGCUGGAAUCUCAGAAGUGAACCAACCAGCUGAGCUUCUUCCCCAGUUCUCCACCAUUGAAUAUGUUGUACAGAGAGGUCCCCAGAUGCCUCUGAACUUCCUGUAUGUGGUGGACACUUGCAUGGAGGAUGAGGACCUGCAGGCCCUGAAGGAGUCUCUCCAGAUGUCCCUGUCCCUGCUGCCCCCCACCGCCCUGGUGGGCCUCAUCACCUUCGGCCGCAUGAUCCAGGUGCACGAGCUGGGUUGCGAGGGCAUCUCCAAGAGCUACGUCUUCAGAGGGACCAAGGACCUCAGUGCCAAACAGCUGCAGGAGAUGCUCGGGCUGUCAAAGCCAUCGGCCCAGCAGGCAGGAAGAGGAGCCCCGCAAGGGGGACAGGUGCCACUAUCAAACAGGUUUUUGCAGCCUGUCCAGAAGAUCGACAUGAACCUGACCGAUCUGUUGGGGGAGCUGCAGAGGGACCCCUGGCCCGUCACACAGGGCAAGAGGCCGCUGCGCUCCCUGGGAGUAGCCAUGUCCAUUGCUGUAGGGCUGCUUGAGUGCACUUUCCCCAAUACUGGCGCUCGCAUCAUGACCUUCAUCGGGGGUCCGGCCACGCAGGGUCCCGGCAUGGUAGUGGGCGACGAGCUGAAGACGCCCAUCCGCUCCUGGCACGACAUUGAGAAGGACAACGCCAAGUUCAUGAAGAAGGCCACCAAACAUUAUGAGGCCCUGGCUAACCGUGCAGCCGCCAACGGACACAUCGUGGACAUCUACGCAUGUGCCCUGGACCAGACGGGACUUGCCGAGAUGAAGUGCUGCCCCAAUUACACAGGUGGUUAUAUGGUGAUGGCGGAUUCCUUCAACACCUCCCUGUUCAAGCAGACCUUCCAGAGAGUGUUUACCAAGGAUGUGCAAGGAGCCUUCAAAAUGGCCUUUGCUGGCACUUUAGAAAUUAAGACGUCAAGAGAGGUCAAGAUUUCCGGAGCAAUUGGACCAUGUGUUUCUCUCAACGCCAAAGGACCUUGUGUGUCUGAAAAUGAGAUUGGCACAGGUGGCACGUGCCAGUGGAAGAUCUGCGGCCUUGAUCCCAGCACCACUCUAGCCAUUUACUUUGAGGUGGUCAAUCAGCACAACGCGCCCAUCCCCCAGGGAGGUCGAGGGGCCGUCCAGUUCGUCACGCAGUACCAGCACUCCAGUGGCCAGAGACGCAUCCGGGUCACCACCAUCGCCAGGAACUGGGCAGAUGCAGCGACGCAGAUCCAGAGCAUCGCGGCGUCAUUCGACCAGGAGGCGUCGGCCAUCUUGAUGGCGCGUCUGGCCGUGUACCGGGCCGAGUCGGAGGAGGGCCCUGAUGUCCUGCGCUGGCUGGACCGACAGCUCAUCCGCCUGUGCCAGAAGUUUGGUGAUUACCACAAGGAUGACCCCAACUCAUUCCGUUUCUCAGAGACCUUCUCCCUCUACCCACAGUUUAUGUUCCAUCUACGGAGGUCUCCGUUCCUGCAAGUGUUCAACAACAGUCCAGACGAGAGCUCCUACUACAGGCACCAGUUCAUGAGACAAGACCUCACCCAGUCCCUCAUCAUGAUCCAGCCCAUCCUCUACGCAUACUCCUUCAACGGGCCGCCGGAGCCCGUGUUGUUGGACAGCAGCAGCAUCUUGCCUGACCGAAUCCUUCUCAUGGACACCUUCUUCCAGAUCCUCAUCUACCAUGGAGAGACGGUGGCUCAGUGGCGGAAGGCAGGCUACCAGGAAAUGCCCGAGUAUGAGAACUUCAAGCACCUCCUGCAGGCGCCGGUGGACGACGCUCAGGAGAUCCUGCACAGCCGCUUCCCCAUGCCCCGCUACAUCGACACGGAGCACGGGGGCAGCCAGGCUCGCUUCCUGCUCUCCAAAGUCAAUCCAUCUCAGACCCACAACAACAUGUAUGCCUGGGGCCAGGAGUCGGGGGCGCCCAUCCUGACGGACGACGUGAGCUUGCAGGUCUUCAUGGACCACCUGAAGAAGUUGGCCGUCUCCAGCGCUGCCUAAAGAGGGGGGUGGGGGCUUGGUCUCAGAAGGGCGCCAUGAGGGAGAGAGGGGGGUGGGUGGGGGUUUAUUUGCCCAUUCAUUCUUGCCUAAACCAUAUUGGAAACACAUACGCACAUGCGUAUACAAUUCGUAUAUAGGACACACAUACACACAUGCAUACACAGAUCAUAUAUAGGAAACACAUGCAUACACGUUUCAUAUAUACAGUGCUGCCUAAAAGCUCUUGAGGGGGACGGGGUGGGUGUUGUCCAUCCAACCUCCCCUGUCCCAUAUAGGAAACACAUACAAACAUGCAUACUACAUG